AUGGCCACCGGCACCCCUUUCCUGAUCCUUUACAAGGCGCCCUCGGCCUGGGGUCUUCCCUCUCUGUCGAUCUCAAGCAUACAAAUUGAGGCAUACCUUCAGCUGGCGGGGAUCUCGUACACCGUGCGGGAAUGCUCGUCGGACUCUCAAUCCCCCACGGGCCGCUUGCCCGCUCUCGAGGCGGGUCCGACCCUGGUGGGCUUAGCCCCCGUCAAGUGCCCCUACACCCCGGCCGAGGAGGAGGCAGCAGCGGGUGCCCUCCUGAGCUACCUGCGCGAGUCUGUGCGCGACCUGGAUCAGGGUCUGAAGGGAGGGGCCAAGGGCGAGGCAGUGGCCUUCCGAUCCCUCCUGCAGACGUCCCUCCUCCCCGCCCUGGUGUACUCGGCCUGGAGUGAGCUGGAGGCGUACUCAAACCACAUGCAGCCCGCCGUGGGAGCCCAGCUGCCCUUCCCUCUCAGCUACAUCACACCUGCAAUGCACCGCCGGGCUGUGCGCCAGGCUUUUCGAACGACAGGCGAACAGGUGUACGCAACAGCUGCGGCAGCCCUGGACGCCUUUGCGGCCAAGCUUGCGGGGGGGGAGGGCUACCUUCUGGGCUCCAGCCCCAGCACCAUUGAUGCUCAGCUGUACGGCUGCCUCACCUACCUUCGCUCCGCCCCCGUGGUGCACCCCCAGCUUCACCGCCACUUCCUUGGGCAGCGGGAGCUGGUGGCGUACACGGUCCGCGUGGGAGAGGCGCUGGCGGGGCUGGAGGUGCCCCUGCCCCGGUCGGACCCUGGGGCAGCCGGACCCUCGUGGAGCGAAUGGUCUUGGGGGGGGUCCACUUCCAGGGCCAGCAAGGAGGCAAGCGCCCUCUCCGCAGAACUAAACCGCAAGGGCAAGAUCUGGGUGGGGUGUGCUGCUGCCGUCAUCGUGGCCUACGUAGUGUUUGGGGGCCAGUACUUCCAGUUUGGGUUUCUGGAUGACGAGGACGAUGACCUGGACGGCGACUAUGAGUGA